GUAGAUCUGUUAGUUAAUAAUGCAGGAUUAGCUAUUUUGGAGCCGAUAGGACAAAUACCACAAGAAAGUGUUGACAGGAUUUUCGAUAUAAACGUAAAAGCGGUAAUCAAUGUUACGCAAAUAGUUGCAAAAGGUUUGAUAGCACGUAAAGCACCCGGAGCGAUCGUCAACAUUUCUUCUCAAGCGUCGAAAGUUGGACUUCAAGAUCACGCUGCUUAUUGCGCUUCGAAAGGGGCCGUUGAUGCAUUUACAAGGGUUGCUGCCCUCGAACUCGGUCCCCAUAAUAUUCGUGUUAACACUGUUAAUCCUACCGUCAUUCUGACCGAUAUGGGCAAAUUAGGUUGGUCGGAUGCUGCGAAAGCAGGACCGAUGCUUGAAAAAAUUCCUCUAAAACGUUUCGGGGAAGUACACGAGGUAGUUGAUGCUAUACUCUAUCUUCUGAGUGACAAAGCUAGCUUGGUUAAUGGUGUUUCACUUCUAACAGACGGCGGAUACGUUGCUGUAUAAACAAAAAUUAUUGUAUUAUUCUAUUAUAUGUAUUUCUUUAUACACAUCUUGUGAUCGCCUGCCUACAUCUGUUAGACUUUUUCAGUCUCCAUAAUAGUAUCCCGCAGUUUUUUCCCUAUCCCGAGCUUUAAUUAAUCAUGGAAAAAAAUAAAAUUAAUUCGCUUCGUC